UACCAUUACCCCAACGACAACCCCUACCAUUACCCCAACAACAACCCCUACCAUUACCCCAACAACAACAACAGAAAGUCCAACAACAACAACAGAAAGUCCAACAUCAACAACAACAACUAUGUCAACAAAAUAUACCACAACAAGUGAAACAACGGAGGAAAUUACAACUGGUCCAGAACCAACAACAACCACAACAACCACUACACCACCACCAACAACAACCACAACAACCACUACACCACCACCAACAACAACCACAACAACCAUUACUCUGACAACAACCCCUUCCACUACGCCCUCAACAACCCCUACUUCACCAACACCCACUUCACCCACUACUACUCCACACUGCCUGACCAAGACUGUCUGUGAAUGGUCAGACUGGAUUAGCAAAUACUAUCCCUCUGUUGGACCAGAAGGAGGAGAUUUUGAAACCAUAGAAAAUAUAAGGAAAUCUGGAAUUAAUAUUUGUAGCCAACCGAAGGAAGUAGAAUGCAGAGCCAAAGACAACAUCUAUGUUCCUUUGGCCGAACUAGGUCAAAAUGUUGAAUGCAAUCCCUCAGUUGGACUGAUAUGCCGCAACAAGGAUCAAGGCAUCCCACCAAUAUGCUACAACUAUGAGAUCAGAGUCAGAUGUUGUGUUGAUGUUUGUAGCAAUGAGACACCUCCCACCGCAGAAAGGCCCACAACAACCAUUAUAACAUCAACAACUACCCCAACAACAAGAACAACAACAGAAAGUCAAACAACAACUACCCCAACAACAACAACAACAGAAAGUCCAACAACAACAACUACCCCAACAACAACAACAACAACAACAACAGAAAGUCAAACAACAACAACUACCCCAACAACAAGAACAACAACAGAAAGUCAAACAACAACUACCCCAACAACAAGAACAACAACAGAAAGUCAAACAACAACUACCCCAACAACAACAACAACAACAGAAAUUCCAACAACCACAACUAAGUCAACGACUCCAUCCAUAACAACAAUAGUAACAGAGGAAGUUACAACUGGUCCAGAAUCAACAACACCUACCACCAAAACAACAACAACAACCACCACAGAAAGUCCAUCAACCACAACAACAUCUAAGACAACAACAUAUUCUCCAACAAGUGAAACAACAGAGGAAAUUACAACUGGUCCAGAAUCAACAACUCCCACAACAACCACUACACCAACAACCACCACAGAAAUCCCAUCAACCACAACAACAACUAAGUCAACGACUCCAUCCAUAACAACAAAAGUAACAGAGGAAGUUACAACUGGUCCAGAAUCAACUGCACCUACUUCCACGACAACAACAACAACAACAACCACCACCACAGAAAAUCCAACAACAACUACUGCAACAACAACAACCACAACAACAGAACCUCCAACAACAACAACAGAAAGUCCAACAACCACAACUACACCAACAAUUCCAUCCACAACAACAAAAGUAACAGAGGAAGUUACAACUGGUCCAGAAUCAACAGCACCUACUACCACAACAACAACAACAACAACAACAACCACCACAGAAAGUCCAACAACAACUACAGCAACAAAAUCAAACCCAACCACAACUCCUACCAUUACCCCAGGCACUCUCCCUACCAUUACCCCAACAACAACCCCUACCAUUACCCCAACAACAACCCCUACCUUUACCCCAACAACAACCCCUACCAUUACCCCAACAACAACCCCUACCAUUACCCCAACAACAACAACCCCUACCAUUACCCCAACAACAACCCCUACCAUUACCCCAACAACAACCCCUACCAUUACCCCAACAACAACCUCUACCAUUACCCCAACAACAACCCCUACCAUUACCCCAACAACAACCUCUACCAUUACCCCAACAACAACCCCUACCUUUACCCCAACAACAACCCCUAUCAUUACCCCAACAACAACCCCUACCAUUACCCCAACAACAACCCCUACCAUUACCCCAACAACAACCUCUACCAUUACCCCAACAACAACCCCUACCAUUACCCCAACAACAACCAUUACCCCAACAACAACCUCUACCAUUACCCCAACAACAACCUCUACCAUUACCCCAACAACCACCCCUACCAUUACCCCAACAACAACCCCUACCAUUACCCCAACAACAACCCCUACCAUUACCCCAACAACAACCCCUACCAUUACCCCAACAACAACCCCUAUCAUUACCCCAACGACAACCCCUACCACGACCACAAGCCCUACCACGUUAUGUUUUUGCACAUACAAAAAUCUACAUUUCCCUGCUGGUUCCUUGAUAUAUAAUGAGACUGAUGGGGCAGGCUGGUGUUUCACAUCCUACUGUAACUCAAGUUGUGUUGUUGAGAAACAAGCCAGACCAUGUCCCUCUACGACCCCAGCUACAGUCAGCACUGUCUCAGCUACAGUCAGCACUGUCUCAACUACAGUCAGCACUGUCUCAACAACAACAGAAGCUACACAUUCUACAACAUCUACAUUGUCCCCGACUACACCUUACAAGGGCUGUGAAUAUGUCAUUCCACCAAGAAAGGAUGGUGAGACUUGGAAGACAGACAACUGCACUACUCAGACUUGCCACAGGGGUGUAAUUACCACAAAGUUUGUGGUUUGUGAGUCUGUCGAAAAGCCUGUGUGUGAAAAUGGAUACCCACCAGUGAAAGUCUAUGACGAAUCAGGUUGCUGCUAUCACUACGAAUGUGAAUGUAUAUGCUAUGGAUGGGGAGACCCUCAUUACGUCACAUUUGAUGGCCAAUAUUACAGUUUCCAGGAAAACUGCACCUACGUUUUGGUUAAAGAAAUAGUUCCUCGACAGAACUUCAGUGUCAUCAUCGACAACUAUAACUGCGAUCCGUCUGGACAUGCGACCUGCCCUCAGUCUCUGAUUGUCAAUUACAAGUCUUACAAAAUCGUUCUUACUCCGAAGAGAUUAAACGUGACAACAAAUAUGGUUUAUAUCAAUGGAAAUCAGAUCUUCCCAACCUUUUCUAAUGAAGACCUCAUGAUCACCAGCACUGGGGUAGAGUUACUGUUGAAGAUCCCUGCCAUUAAAGCAACAGUGAUGUUUAAGUCCCUUAUGUUCAGUGUAACCCUGCCAAACUCCCUAUUCCACAACAACACAGAGGGGCAGUGUGGUACCUGUGACAAUAUCAGGAAAAACGAUUGCAGAUUACCGAAUGGAAAGAUUGACCCAUCAUGUCCUGGGAUGGCUCAUGAAUGGAAGAUUCCUGAUGUUAAAAAACCCUACUGUGAACGGCAACCCCCUACCCUACCUACCCCUAAGCCUCCAACCUGCCCGUCAGGAAAGACAUCAAUCUGUGACAUCAUACUUAGCCCGGUCUUUAAGCAAUGCCAUGACGUUAUCCCACAACAACCCUUCUUCGAGGCCUGUAAGUUUGAUGUCUGCCACAUGCCAAAUAUCUCAAUCGGCUGCUCCAGCCUGGAAGCCUACGCUGUGAGGUGUGCAGGAGCUGGAGUCUGUAUCGACUGGAGGAAAUCAACUAAUGGAACAUGUGAUCUGACAUGCCCUAAGACCAAAGUGUAUAAGGCAUGUGGCUCUACUAUCCAGCCAACAUGCAAUUCAAGAUACAAUGAAAAAUAUGUGCAUCCAUGUCAAGGAGCACAAAUGGCCCGUGACGUUGUAUGUGACUCAUUCAUGGAGGGCUGUUUCUGCCCUGAGGGUACCAUCUUGUUCAACACAUUCUCUGACACCUGUGUUCGUGACUGUGGAUGCACAGGACCUGAUGGAAAACCCAAACAGUUUGGUGAGACUUGGUACAGUAACUGCCAGAAGUGCACGUGUAAUGCUGACACACUGAGUGUCCAGUGUGAACCAGUGAAAUGUCCGCCCCAAGAAAUUGUUACCUGUAAGAAGUACGGUGAGGUGUUGGUCAACGAGACGGUGGACUGCUGUCAGAAAAAUACAUGUGUGGCCAAACCUGUUUGUGUCCACAACAAUACUGAAUACACGCUUGGUGAAAAUGUUCCCAACGGCACCUGUGAGGAGUGCAAGUGUGGUCCUAAAAAGGAUCCAGUCUCCAAGCUAUAUGUUGUUGAGUGUGCCCAAAUCAACUGUUACACCACCUGCCCAACGGGUUAUGAGUAUGAAGUCGCACCUGAGAAAUGUUGUGGAACGUGUGUACAGAAGGACUGUGUUGUCGGUCUCCCAGAUGCCACAUCUCACAUCAUUCAGCUUGGGAAGUUUUGGUCGCCCCCUAGUGACCGCUGUGUGAAGUAUGAAUGCACAAAGACAAACAGCCAGUUCAUCGUUGUGGAAUCCAAAUUGAAAUGCCCAGUGUUCCGUCCAGAGGACUGUGUCCCUGGAACUGAGAAAACUGAUGCAAAUGGAUGUUGCACAACCUGCACUUUAAUCAGUCACUGUGAUGUGAAGAACACCACCACCUACCUAGAGGUGAAUAACUGCAGGUCCUCUGUGCCGGUGGAAAUCUCAGCCUGCGGGGGAUCCUGUGGAACAUCUUCUAUGUACUCUGCAGAGAAAAACACCCUGAUGCACUCCUGCUCCUGCUGUCAAGAGAUGUCUACCAGUGAGAGGAAGGUGGAGAUGGUCUGCCCUGAUGGGAAGAAGAUCAUGCAGUCCUACAUUUACAUUGAUAAGUGUGGCUGCCAUGACUCUGAGUGUGACAAGAAGAACCACUUAGAUUAGGCCUUGACGAAUUAAGUCUUUUAAAAUGUUCUUAUUUACCUUAACUGCAUGGAAUAUGAAAUAGUUUUAUCUAGGGGAACCAAUAGGGUCUGUCUCAUUAUCAUAUAGGCUACUUUCACGAACUGCAUGUCCUUUCUCUCUACACUAUCAUAGACAUUAUGCAAACCUAUUAAACUGAUGAAGAAGCAUGAA